AUGGUAUUGGGAGAAUUAUAUUCGUUAUUACCGUGGGUUCAAACUGUACAGCAGUUCUUACCUGAUGAGCUGUUACAAUUUAACAGCGAACCAGGCAAAACUGCAAAAAGUGUCAGCAUUAAAUCAUUAAUUGACAAAUAUGCACCGGAGUUCCAACAUAAUAGCAAGUGUGUGAUUCCACCUUUUCUUUGCAGUGGUCAUAUGCAGACGAUUUUUGCUUCGAUGUUCACUUUCGAAUCGAAACAUUUGGUUUAUUAUAAGAGAUAUAUUCUCAAUUAUCCAGACGGCGGUGAAGGUGCACUAGAUGUGUGUGUUCCCCAAUCGUUAUGGAAAGAGACUGGUUACGUUCCCAAAAAUCAGAGAAAUCAACUGCUUCCGAGGUAUACCUAUUUUGAUGCUGAUGAAAAGUUCGGAUCGUCUGAUACAAAGCCGAUGCUCAUUAUAUUACAUGGGUUGACAGGUGGUUCUAACGAAAGUUAUGUCAGAUCUUUAGUUGACACCAUCACGAACGAGUACAAUUUUGAAGCCUGCGUCUUAAAUAGCCGUGGGUGCUGCCAAUCAAGCAUUACGACACCAUUUUUGUAUUGUGGGCUAUGGACUGAUGAUGUAAGGUUUUGCGUGAAGGAAUUGAGGAACAAGUUUCCUAAUAGAAAAUUCUUUUUAUGUGGGGUCUCUUUAGGGGCAAGUAUGACGGCCAAUUAUCUGGGACAAGAAUCCGAUCAAUCAGACGUAGAAUUAGGUGUUGUGUUGGGAAAUCCAUGGGAUUUAACGGCAUCAUCUUAUCAUUUGGAAAGAAACUUGAUAGGGAAAUACGCCUACACUCCAGCGUUAGCGAAAAAUUUAGUUAAACUAACGACAUCUCAUCUUGAUGUUUUGAAGCAAAAUCCUGAAAUGGCGCGUAUGUACGCCGACCACCUACAUGAAGUGAAAACAGUGGAAGAAUUCGAUAACUUUUUUACGGCUAGAAUGUUUGGAUUCAAUACGUCUUUUGAAUAUUACAGGCACGGUACGAGUUCGAACAGAUUAAACAAGUUGAGAACUCCAUUACUGAUUCUGAAUGCCUUAGAUGAUCCUAUUGUUGGAUGUGAAGCGCUACCAUAUCGUGAAGUCCAAAGUAAUCCGUACACCUUAAUGUUAACAACUACAAGGGGAGGUCACAUUGGAUGGUUUGACAUGAACUUGGACAGGUGGUACGUGAAACCGUUGUGCAGAUUGCUUCAUAAAUUUUAUACAGACAUUUCAAUGCAAGGUCUCGCACCCGAUCUUAAAUCUGUUGACCUGCCUAAAGAGAAUAAAUUCAAAAAUGAUAGAAUCAUCAGAUAA